AUGGAAAACCGAAAGCCGCCGAUGGUGUGCCAACAAUCGGACGAGCGCUCGAGCCUCGUCGCGCCGUCGCGCGACGCGCGCGCGACGCCGAAACGCUCGAACUCUCUGAAAUACGCGAGCUUAUGCACGCUCGCGCUCGUCGGCACGUGCGCGGCGAUCGCCGGCCCGCACCGCGCCGCGCGGCCGCUCGAGGCGGCGGGGAUUACUAAUCCGUCCCCGGAAAAAACGAGCCACGUGGAGAGAUCCUCGUCUCGCCGCGCGCUCCUCGCGAUGCACGACGGUUACGGCUCGCCGCCGCCGGACACGACGACGACGUACGACGAGACGUAUUACUCGUAUCCGGACUCCUCCCCGGACGUGUACUACGCGUCUCCGCCGACGACGGAACCGAGGCGGCGGUCCCGCGACCCCGACUGCCCCGACGAGACGUACGACGAGACGUACUACUCGUAUCCGGACCACGACGACGGCGACUGGGACCACGACGACCACGACGACCACGACCACGACCACGACCACGACCACAAACCCGACCGCGACCGCGAUCACCCUCCCGAGGGCUCCGACGACGGCCCGGACCCCGGCGCGAUGUUCGCCGUCGCCGCCGUCGUCGGCGUCGUCUUCGCGGCGGUCUUCGCGUUGUGCUGCCGUCUCUGCCGAAGAUCGAGGACGGAAAACACGAAGGUGGUCGUGUUCGACUACCCCGCGACGGUCGCGAACCACCCGGGGAACCACCCCGGGAACCCCCCCGCGAAGCCGUGGAAUCAGUCGAUGCCCGACGCGCGAGCGCCGCCGCGACCGGCGCCGACGUCGCCCGUCGGUCGCCCCUCCGCGCCGCCCGCGUGGACGGCGACGACGAACGCGAACGUUCACCCGCACAUGGUCCCGGACGUCACGCAGUGGGCCCCCCGCCCGCAGCCACAGCACGCGGCGACGACGCCGCACAUGGUUCCGGAUCACUCGCAGACGGCGCGGGCGGCGGCGGCGCCGCCGCCCGCGCGUUGGCGGCCCGCGCCGCAGCCGCCGGUGAUCAUCGCGCAGCCCGGCGGCGGCGCGUUCGACGCCGGGUACCCUGGCGUGCCUUCGUCUGGGUACGAGAACGCGCCCGCGGUGGGCACGCCCGUCGGCACCGCGCCGCCGAUGACGCCGAUGGUCUUCACGACGUACACCGCUGACGUGAGCGGCGCUUCCGCGGGGUCGCCCGAGCGGGCGGCGCCGUCGUUCUCGAACGCGUUCGGUUCGAUGCGUCGGACGCGGGAGGAGCAAGCGCGGCACAUCGAGGAGGAGACAGAGGCGAGCCGACAGCGCCUCGACGCGAGGCGGGCGUGAACGAGAGGAGGGAGGAGGAGAAAAGGUAGAUCUGAGCUAUCAUACAGUAGCUAGAUAGCGGUGAUAGAUCCCCUAGAAGAUCGCAUAGUGUUGCAGUCCGGGACGGGUGGCGGAGGACGCCCAGUCUUCGGUGUAUUUAUAUUUACGUAACGACGUUACGAGGAAAGGUAGAUCUGAGCUACGCUCCCUCUCCUCGUUAACCAUGGCUCGUUCCAAAUUUGCAGCGAAGUUAUUGUUAAGUUAACAACCUCU